GUAUGCCAGAUUCUUCUAUAAGCACAUCUUCAACACUUUUUCACAUUCAUUGCACCCGUGCACACAGACUUAAGCAAAUGGCAGCCAAUACAGGACAAAUGGGUUACCUGCCGAGCGGAGGUUCUAUAUUCUGCACCAUACCAGACAUCCUCUACCUGCCAGAAUUUCUCUGUGGAGGUGUGGUAUGGUGCCUUAUCGCAGCUACACAUAUCUGGUCUGAAAACCCCAUCGCAUAUGUGAUUACAGUGUCACUUCUAUGUUUCGUCAUGACCUUCCUCUGGAUGAUAAUAUUUGCCAGUGGGGCACAUCAUAACAAAGGCUCUUGGGCAUCCGCGGAUGUCGCAUACCAUGCUUUUGCAGCUCUUCUGUAUCUCAGUGCUUCUGUGCUUCUAGCUAAAGUUACAAUAGACCUUCAAGGGGGAGCUUCUUUUGAGCCGUUUGGUCUUUACUACAGGCUGGACAUAGCUGCUGUGGUGUUUUCCUUUUUCACCACCUUGCUAUAUUUCAUCCAUACAAUUUUCUCAGCCGUCAGAUGGAAAUCCUUCUAAUGGAACAACUUACUUAUCAACUAAUCUCAUAACAUUUGUGAUAGAGUGCACUGGUUCUUUAAAAAUAUUAUGUUUAUCUUUGCACUAGUAAAACAUGUGAUAUGAUAUGUGAUGCUGAUGCCUGUCAAAACUUAGCAAAAGUCUUUUUAGUGAUCUACUGUUUUUAGCAUUAAAUCAUCCUACAUAAUGUAAAGAACAUUCUUUGAGAAAAUAGCCUUAAUAUUAUCAGUACUGACUGACUAAGGCCAUGACAAAGAUAGAAAUCAUAGUUAGACACACAGACGAAACGUUGAUGUUUGUUAUUUUAUAUAGAUUUUGAGAAUUCUCAGACAGGACCUCAUAUUUCCCAUCAAUGUAUUCACAAUUUAUCAUGUAUUCAAAUUGAUUGUUCUGUCCUUUUAUCUUUUGAUAUGUACAAAUUGUGUACUCUUCUUUAAAUCUGCACCUUUUGCGCAGCAUUUCUUUUAUAAACUAUUCUUACAAGUAUAAAUUGUAUUUAAUUUUGCUUGAUCAAAAAAAAUAUUGUAACUUGUAUGUGGAGUAUCAUCAGUUACUGCAGUAUAGGUUUUUUAGUAUAAACAUGCAAAGUUCUGCAUGGUUGGUGGCCUACUGAAGUGCCACUUGUAGUACUGCUGGGUUUAUUUGGAUGUUUCUUUUGGUGUUUCUUUUUCUUAAAGUGUGUAAAAUAGCCUGUUUGACAACUAAAAAACACUUCAGCUUUUGUUACAAGACUGGUUUGUCCUCCUCUUGAAGGGUAGGAAUGAAGUACUAUAGAGGUAAGGGUAACAAAACACUGUAUGUGUUUUAAGAUGUCUGGCCCAAGGGAAAAUUGGACCCAUUGAUAUGAUGACAGUAAACUGUAUCAUACACGUUAGAAGAAUUAAGUUUACGUUUGUGCACCAUUUACAGUGACCCCGAAUACAUUUGUUUGGAGUCUUGUGGUACAUUCACAAAUGCACGACCUCUAAUGCCUUCAGUAAAACACAAUUGAUGCUACGCGUGUCUAUUCCUUGAUAAAAAAUGUAACAUCCUAGUUAUUAAAUAUAUUCAGCCUAUUGUAUUUAAAACUACUAUCUACCACAUUGAUUCAUCUUAUAACCACCAACAUCAACAAAAUAAAUACAUGAAAAUGA